UAACUAUCCUAGGUCCCUGUAUACCUUGGCAACUAGACGCGUGGUUAAUCCCUAUAUAAUAGUAUCUCCUGGUAGCCUACAACUCGUCGUGAACGUAGGAUAAUGUCUUCCGAACACUCUCUUCGUCAAAGGACCCUGGCUUCACCUGGUCCAGAUACAUCGUCUUCUACAACAGGGUCGGAAGACCCACUAGCAAACCUCAAGACCAUCUUCGACCCCUCGACCUGUACUCGCAGAGGACUCUGCCCUGUUACGAAGCUGCGAAAGCAGGAUGACGAUAUCACGGAGAGUCAUUCGCUGUAUUUCGAACAACACGGGAGAGGAGAGGAGAAGGUUGUACUUAUCAUGGGGCUGAACAGUACCUCUUUCUCAUGGGCACCUCAGGUGGAGUACUUCGGAAAGUCAGAGAAGUACUCCAUACUUGUAUUCGACAAUCGAGGGGUCGGCAAUAGUGGAACUCCAAGGGGACCUUACUCAACUAGCGGAAUGGCCGAAGAUGCUAUCUGUUUACUGGACUACAUUGGAUGGACGAAGGAGAGGGACAUACACGUUGUGGGGAUAUCAUUGGGUGGAAUGAUUGCUCAAGAGCUGGCGACUCGUAUACCAGAACGCAUUAUCUCGCUAUUUCUUGCUGUCACGACACCUGGUGGCGGUUUAUUAUCGAAUCUGCCUCCGUGGAAGGGCACCAAGACUCUCGCUAGGCUUCUUCUUAUCAGUAACCCCGAAGAAAAAAUACCUCUCCUCCUCGACAUGGUCUACCCACAAUCCUGGCUCAACCUCCCUUCCACCACCAACCCUACCCCGUCUUCCUCCGAUGAUCCUACUUCUCCAUCAUACAUACCCUCGUCGAGCCCUGCACAAACGAACCGCGAAAUCCAGACCCCCCUCUACCUUCACCGCAUGCUGCAUACCCGCCCUCAAACCCCACUCGGCGCCCUUUCCCAAAUGUUUGCCGGAAUGACGCACUACGUGUCCCCAGAGCGGUUACGAAAGGAUAUAGCGGAGAAGGUGCCGAAGGUCUUGAUUCUGACUGGGGACGAGGAUAACCUUGUGCGGCCGGAUAACAGUUUGAGGAUUAUGGCGGCUAUGGGAGAUCUGAAGGGCAAGAGCAGGAAGGAAUUGGAGGGGGUGGUCAGGGAUGGGAAGGUUAAUGUGGAAUUGGUGAUUUGGGAGAAGACGGGACAUGCGUUGCAUAUGCAGUGGGUGGAAAGGUUUAAUGCGCUGAUGGAGAGGUGUUGGGAGGAGGGGAGGAAGAAUUUGGAAGAGCGAGCGGCAGCGUAAAGGUUGGCUAGUAGGCUUGUAUGAGCGAGGGUGAGCUAUGUCUUGUGGAAUAGGAAGACUUUUGGUGCCGCGGGCCGUCUUUGUGUAUGUAUCCAGCACUUAUUCGGCCUCGGUAAGUAUGUUGCGCCGGUUCUUACGCCACCUUGUAUAGCGUUUAGGUAGAAGUUGUUUUGUCGUGCAAAUCAUGGAUAUUCUGUUAAGU